GGCAGAAACUCCGCUUAUAAAUACUACCUUGCUGCCUCUUUUUUUUCUCAGGUUCACCUUCCUUUUCCUUUUCUUUCUUCCUACCUAAACAUAUAAAGAAAUUAACUUUUAAGAGAAAAAAACAAAAUGAGACCCAUUAGAAACCUUAACACCAGUACUACUGUGACCCCAUCAAUGACACAACCACGCUCACCAUGGCACUCUCCGGUGCCGUACCUCUUUGGAGGUUUGGCAGCUAUGUUGGGUUUGAUUGCGUUUGCUUUGUUAAUCUUAGCUUGCUCUUACUGGAGACUUUCUGGUCGUUUGGAUGAUAGUGAAGGUGGUGAUGAACAUGGAGAUCUUGAAAGUGGCCAUGAAAAAGAAGGCGAUGCUGCUGGAAAGGCAGGGAAAGUUUACGAAGAGAAGAUUUUAGUGAUAAUGGCUGGUGAUCAGAAGCCAACUUUCUUGGCCACUCCUGUUUCUGGCAAAACUUCUUCUUUUGGCGACAAAAAUGCCAAGAUUGAAAUUAUAGAAAAAGAGAAGUCAGAGAAUGGAGAGAAAACCAAAGGAGAUAUUGGUGAUGGUGAUCAAACGAGUGCAACAGCUGCAGAUCACCAAGAACUACAAAAUGAAGAGAAUCAACAAACCCAAGAACAAAAUUAAUUGAACCAUUGAUCUGCCGCUUAAUUUGUUUUAAAUUUUUGGAGUUGUUCUCAUUUUUUAUUUUCUUGAGGUGUUGAGUUUUAAGUUUUGUUCCCUUUUUUCUCCGGGAAUUGUAAAUUUUCGCUGAGAUGAAUAGAUAAUGAGCAUGAGAGUCUUCUUUCCAGCUAA